UCAGCGAUUAGGCGGUUCCAUUGACAGCUAAUGUUUUGUCGGGUGUCAGCUGGACGUUUCUCUUAUUUUUUUAAUGUUGCAUUUUCUUAAAGAAAUUUAAUUUACUUUCGCAAACAAUUGUGAUUACACUAAAACAACCUGUUAGAUGUGCCAAUAAAAUAAGUACAAAAUUUUAUAUUUUCAUAUUUAUCCGAACGUAUUGAGUUGCCUACAACGCCAUGGCCGUUUUGCCGCCUGAUCCAGUUUUCAGCUUGCGUUGUCCUGAAAUGGGCCCAGUACAUUCAAUUUGCUUUCAUUACUGUGACCGUUUGCUAGCUGGCACGGCCAAGGGCAGUGUGUUUUUGUGGGACUUGCAGACAAAUCGAUCAUCAUUGCAUUUCGAAGUUGGUCAGCAGCCUAUCACCAGCCUUCACCACACCGAUGACAUGUUGAUCACCCAAGAGAAAGGUGGCACAGUGACUCUAUGGUCAAUGUCAAACAGUGGCUACGUGCGCGAACGCACGAUUGAAGGAAAUUUCGCUGCAUUUUGUCGCACUACGUUGUACACACCACCAGCGGGCACCACAGAGCCGUUACUCUUCUAUCCAUGUGAUGAGAAUUCCAUUGGCAUUGUUCAUGUUAAUGAUGAUACUACUGCACCGCCACAAAUGCUUGUACCGAACGAUCCACAAUUGCCUAAGUUGGGCAGCGUAUCUUGUUUGAAGCCAUUUGAAUGUGCUUCACAGCUGUUUCUACUUGCCGGAUAUGAGUCCGGGCAUUUCCUAACGUGGGAUUUAAGUUCUGGAGUUAUUGUCGACUUGUUGCAACUGGAUGCCGAGCCCAUGGCAGUGGAUUACGAUCCGCAAACAAACCGCGGAAUUGUUGGAGGGCCAUCUGAAAAACUAACGGCAAUCACAUACCAACGGCAAUCGAUGCAACUGCAACGGGCAAACGACAUUACCCUAAAAAACUCAGGCAUUAAUUGCAUACGCAUACGCGACGACCAAAAAGUAUUCGCCACAGGCGGUUGGGAUGGCCGUGUGCGUAUCUUUUCAUGGAAGAGUUUGCGUCCACUCGCUGUGUUGACUGAACAUAAGACUGCUUCUGGUGGGGGCAUUAUGGACAUUGCGUAUUCAGAGGGUAAAGUAUCCAUGUGGAAAGCUCGUAUUAUGGCGGCCGCAGGCACAGAUGGCCAAGUUUCCCUUUGGGAUUUGUACAAUUAAUUCAUAGGAGAAAAGCUUUGCUUUAAAGAAAGUCCUGCAACAGGUCAGCUCUCUUUUCAAUGCCAUUACAAUAAAGAUGAAAACAAGCCCUGGAAUGCUAUCAAAAUGAAACGAAAUCAUGGAAUGAAUAAAACGUUGUGAAGUGAGGGUUAUUAUUCCAAUUAUUUAAUAUUGAUUCAGUUUAUAAAUAUAAUGUAACACAAAAGUAAAUAACAAAUGGA